AUGGACUAUCCAACAAAUAAUCGUGUGCCUCAACCACCGAUGCAUCAUCAGAUUCCGUCACAUCCUUCUCAUCCCAUGCAUCAUCCUCAACAUCCACUUCUUUCAAAUCAAUUACAACCAAUUAAUCCUGAAACACAUACAUCAAUGUGGCUUGAUGAUCCGUAUGCAGUUUCAAAUGCAUCAGCAUCACAACGUGAUUCAGGAUUCAAUUCACGGGCUGCUUCAUUGCGCAGUAUCGAUUCUACAGUGACCAAUACAACUGGUCCGUUACAUCAUGGAACAACAACACCUGGUUAUGAGCCGAUUCCUCCGCCACCACCACUGCCACCCGAUCAUGAAAAUAUUCAUCCACAAUAUACUGAAAUGCAACCAGCUCCAGUACCACAGUCACGACCGGAGCCAAGUCAAGUUUUACCAGAAUUGCUUAAUUUAAUAAUGGAAGAUGAUCCUGUUAUUGUACGUGAAGCUGUUUCACUCACACAUGUCUUAGUGAAGGAAGGUGGCGAAGGUCGAUCCGAAGUUAUACGAAAUCGUAAUAUAAUUCAUGCUCUAUUGGAAAGUUUUUCGAAAGAUUCUGGUGAUGGCAAAUUAAUUUUUGUUCUGGCGAGCUUUUUCCAUGGUCUAUCACAACAACAAGAAGGUCUUCGUGCAAUACUUGAUUGUGGAGGAAUCGCACGAUUGAUUCAAAUUCUUGAUUCACCUGACAGUACAGUUAAUUUUGUUAUAACAACAUUACAUAAUUUUUUAAUCGUUCUCCAAGAGCAAUCAGCCAAUGAAAUAGAUCGCUGCAAUGGCACACAAAGUUUUAUUAAUUUACUCCAUAAUACAAGUGAUAAACUAUUAACAUUAGUUUCCGAUUGUUUACUUAAAAUGUCAAUUUAUAAUUUGAAUUCAAAAUUAUUCAUUCAAAAUAGUGAAGAAUGUGUACAACGUCUUUUAUCCAUCUUUGAUACGACGAAAUAUGAUAAGUUAUUAUUGACAAUAUCAAAAUUGUUUCCAAUCAUAUCUUCUGGAAAUGAAAUAAUUAAAAGAGUGUUUUUACAACUAAAUGCGUUGAGUAUAUUUGAAAAACAAAUACGUGUAACAAAAAGUAUUCGUAUAAGACAUAAUUGUCUUAUUGCAUUAAGAAAUAUAUCUGAUCAAGCCACUCGCAUGCGUGAUGUAGAUUCAUUAAUUCAACAAUUAGCAGCAAUACUUUUAACUGAUGAUCACCAAUCAAUUUUAUGUUCAUUAGGAAUUUUGAGCAAUUUAACAGCUGACAACAGAAUCAACAAAAGUUUAUUAGUGAAGCUGAAUGGGGUACAAACAUUAAUGCAAAAAUUAAUGAUGAAUGCCGAUGGAAACGAUGAUUUAAUUGAAGCAGCUUUGUGCACACUUCGACAUGUAACAGCUCGUCACGAUUUAGAAAAUGAAGCUCGUGAAUCAAUUAGAAAAUCAUAUGGAAUCGGUAAUAUCGUGAAAUUAUUAAGAGAUAAAAAUUUUAAAGAACAUUGGGGAAUUAUCAAAGCAACUGUUGGCUUAAUAAAAAAUUUAUCCUUAUCACCAACAAUUAUUGCACAAUUAUGUGAACAAAAUGCCGUUCGAAGGUUAAUAGAAUUAUUGAUUAACGUAGAUCGAGAGCGAACAAAAAUUUUCGAUGAAAAACAAUAUUUACGUCAAUUCGAUAUUAUGAUUGAAAUUAUUCUUGGAGCAUUAAAUAACUUAGUAAAAGAUUCAUCAUGUAAAUCGAUUAUCAAAGAAAUGAAUUGUACAUCAAUCGUAAUUCGUUAUUCAAAUAUGCCGUCGUGUACAUUACAACAAAUAUCAAGUAUUUUAUUAAAAGAAUUAAAUGUCGAUCGAGAUCGUAAUCAAUUAAGUGAUCUAUCAUCUCAUCAACAAUUAAAUAAUAAUAAUAAUCAUAUGAUCGAUUCUCGUCAUAUACGUCAGCAGUGA